CAUUGGUGGAUGGAGGCAGCCUGGCUUACCUCGUUUGGCAAACCACUCACAGACUAGGACAUGACCACCGAAUCAUUCGGUAAAGCUUGUCCCUUGUCUCGGAUUCCAUGCUACCUCAUACUACGUCCAGCAGCCAGGUCACUCUCAGCCACGCUGAUUGGCUGCGCAUCGCCAUCUGUACUGCUCCAUCAUCCUCUCUAGAUGCAACAAACCAGCAAACGUCAAUGAAUUUUACCAAGAUUCACCCCAGGUGGUGGCGCGUGAGAGGGUAUUCUGCUCGGUGUAUGAGUAUGCUGGCCGCCCGAAUUGACGGGAUCCACAUCAUUAACCUCUUGCGUGCCUGUGCUAAUAUGGCGUUUACCCGUGCGUUGCAAAGCUUUUUAUAUACUGGCUGGUCUGUCCCAAUUCUACACCGUGCGGUUGUCGUGAUUCUGUCUACGAAGUGACUGUCCAAUACUUCGCUGGUAUAUAGGCAGAGAACCCUCUCUAUAUACGUUCACUCUUUAUCAGACUCAUUACACUGACACCAUGGCGGACGAUAAGUACACGU